AUGGACGUAAUCGACCAUCGCAUCAAGGCCUAUCGGUUUGUCGCCUAUGCUGCUGUGGGAUUCUCAGUGGUAGCUGUGCUGUCGGUCUGCGUCACCCUUCCCAUCGUCUACAACUAUGUGCAUUAUGUGAGAAAAUCACUGCAUAAGGAGGCAUCCCUGUGUAAGAUCUCGACAAACUCCGUGUGGGAUGACGUGACAGUUUUGAGGCUGGCCCAUUUCGGUAACAGGACAGCACGUCAAGCAAUAACGAGCUCUGAAGAGAACGGAGGAUGUGAAUCGUGCUGUCGACCGGGACCGCCUGGUCCUCCGGGUCCACCAGGAAGACCGGGAAGACCGGGCCGCCCAGGUGCACCUGGACUUCCUGGGGUUCCUGGUCUACCGCCUCCAGAUGGCAGUUGUGAACCUGUCUCGAUACCACCAUGUGCUGAAUGUCCAGCAGGGCCACCCGGUCCACCUGGAAAACCGGGUCCUCCAGGAGACCCAGGAGAGGAUGGCCAGCCUGGGCCACCCGGUCAAGAUGGUAUUCCAGGCCAGCAAGGAACCAAAGGCCCACCAGGUCCACCAGGAAUACCAGGAAAACCAGGCGAAUCAGGAGAGGUUGGUGAAGAUGCUGAUUGUGAACCUGUUGCUCCUGGUGAUCAAGGUCCACCCGGAGAACCAGGACCAGAAGGACCUCCAGGGGAACCCGGCCUGCAAGGACCUGUCGGAAUGCCAGGCCAGGUGGGUCAGAAAGGAGAAAGCGGAAGUGAUGGUCAACCUGGACUCGAUGGCAGCCCCGGUCGUCCUGGUCCUCCUGGUCCUCCUGGGCGACCAGGCGAGCCAGGAAUUUGCCCGAAGUAUUGCGCUAUUGAUGGAGGGAUUUUCUUUGAAGAUGGAACUCGUCGUUAA